UAUAUCUUCGCAGCCCACAAAACAAUCCCGAUCCCUACGAAUUUUACCAUUUGGUAUACAAUUGUCGUUUAUUUACCACGGACCCAGUAAAGCUUCUCAGUCUUUACUGCAAACCAAAGCACAGCACAGUCGAAGAAAGAAACCCUCUUUCCUCUAUCUCUUGUUCCCCAUUUCCCAUUCUCCAUUUCUCCCAUGGCCAAAACCAGACCUGGCAAGCGGGACUUGGACUCAUACACAAUCAAGGGCACCAACAAAGUUGUCAGAGCUGCGGAUUGUGUGUUGAUGCGCCCAUCAGAAAUUGAUAAGGCCCCGUACGUGGCACGUGUUGAGAAGAUUGAGGCUGAUAAUCGAAGCAACUGCAAGGUCCGAGUAAGGUGGUAUUAUAGGCCAGAGGAGUCACUUGGAGGGCGUAGGCAGUUCCAUGGAGCAAAGGAGUUAUUCUUGUCAGACCAUUUGGAUGUUCAGAGUGCCGAUACUAUUGAAGGGAAGUGCAUUGUCCAUACUUUCAAAAAUUAUACCAAACUUGAAAAUGUAACGCCUGAAGAUUACUAUUGCCGAUUUGAGUAUAAAGCUGCUACUGGUGCUUUUCUUCCUGACCGUAUUGCAGUGUACUGCAAAUGCGAGAUGCCAUAUAACCCUGAUGAUCUGAUGGUGCAAUGCGAUGGGUGCAAAGACUGGUUUCAUCCUGAUUGUGUUGGGAUGAGCAUUGAACAGGCAAAGCAAUUGGAUAUGUUUGUUUGUUCUGAUUGUGCACCUGCUGACGUGAAAAAGCCUCAGACCAAAUUAACUGAAUCUCCAAUAAUGAAUGGAAAGGUGGAACGGAAACGGCGGAAGAAGUAAGCCGGGGGGAAGCACAACGUUGCUGGUUGGAGGGAUUGCCAGUUUUCAUAAAUCUGAUGUUGUUGUGAUGUUGUAUAUUGUAGAAGAUUAGAACAUGUGUCUAUUUGUAGUGGAUAUAUUAUGUCAGUUCCUGAAUGCGUGGUUGCAUGCAUAUUGGUAGAUGGUUUUGUAGCUUGUGAUGCGCUCAGAAUGAUGCUUCUGCUGUUGAAAAUCUGAAACAAAAUUUUAGAUAAAUUAACUUUGGUUUUGAAU